AAGACCUUUCCUCCCUUCCAAGUUCCGAGGUCCGACCGUUAAUCUCGUUACACGAUCCCACGGCCGUGCAAGGCUCGCGAGGAACCUUAUAAAAUUCGAAUGGCGGCCAACUUCUUCUCCAUUUGUCCCGCGCUGUCCGUUGCCAAAACAGAAAGAGAAACAGAUUUUCUCGUUCCGAUCUCCUUGGCAACGAGAGCUCUCGAUCUUCUUCCUCCCCCCGAGCUCUCGAGGCUUUCGUUACCCCGCGACCCCUCUCCGUCGAUUGAUCGCCGGAGCUGAUCCUCUCCGAUCUACGAUGGUUGCCGUUGAGCAUCCGAUGGGGGGCAAAGACUGUUUAGCUAUGGAAACGAAGAAGAUCUUGCAUUCAUUGGCGUCCGAGUGGGAAGACGUGGUUGAUUCAACCGCAUUACAGGUGAUCCCACUCAGGGGCACGAUGACGAAUGAAGUCUUCCAAAUAAAUUGGCCGACCACGAAAGAUCACAUCUCGAGGAAGGUUUUGGUCCGGAUUUACGGGGAGGGUGUGGAGGUGUUCUUUGACAGGGACAACGAGAUUCGGACGUUCGAGUUCAUCUCCAAGAAUGGGCAAGGGCCUCGUCUUUUAGGGAGAUUCUCUAACGGGAGAGUGGAAGAGUUCAUUCAUGCACGGACAUUUUCGGCUUCUGAUCUUAGGAACCCUGACAUUUCUGCUAGUAUAGCAACUAAAAUGAGAGAGUUUCAUGACCUCGAUAUGCCGGGUUCAAAGGAUGUUGUUCUCUGGGAUAGACUAAGAAAGUGGCUUGGAAUGGCCAAGCGUAUGGCUACUCCACAAGAAGCCCAGGUUGUCCACUUGAAUGCCAUAAAAAACGAAAUUCUUGUCUUGCAAAGCGAACUUGCAGGGGAUCAACGUAUUGGAUUUUGCCACAAUGAUCUACAGUAUGGUAACAUAAUGAUACAUGAAGACACUAAAGCGAUAACCAUCAUCGACUAUGAAUAUUCCAGUUACAAUCCAAUUGCUUUUGAUAUUGCAAAUCAUUUCUGCGAGAUGGCUGCCGACUAUCAUACCGAGACUCCACAUGUUUUGGACUAUGGAAAAUAUCCAAGUUUAGAGGAGCGUAGAAGAUUUGUGCAGACUUAUUUGAGUACUUCAGGUGAUGCACCUACUGAUGUUGAGGUAGAGCAGCUGCUCCAAGAUGUUGAGAAGUAUACUUUGGCGAGUCAUCUAUUCUGGGGACUAUGGGGAAUAAUAUCAGAGCACGUGAAUGAAAUCGACUUUGACUAUAUGGAAUAUUCAAGGCAGCGGUUUGAAAGAUAUUGGUCAACAAGGGCAAUGCUAUUGAGUUCACAUGAAACUCCUCGCUCCGACCACAAGUCAACACCUAAAUGGGUGCCCUGGUCUUGCAUUUUCUAACUUGGUCGAAGUAUUGUCGAGAUGCGAAGCAAAGUACGAUGUUGUCAAUCUCCUAUCCAUAG